AAAGGUUUAAGUAAUGUUAUUCGUCAUACGUGUGUAAAGGCUUAAUAUUUUAGUACGUCUCUUAAGUGUAAAUUUAUAUUAUCAACGGGGCCGAACAAGAAUCUCUAGUUGAGAGAAUGUUUGUUAAAACUGGAAGGCUUCGCGAGUGAACUGAUCUCAGAACAUGGUUAACUCGGCAGUAAGAGACGCGCCACGGAGCGCAGCGCAUGCGCCACAUAACGGCGCCAAAACGUACACACUAUUUGUAAAUAACUUUUAAAUGUUUUAUUCAAAAUCGAUUUGUGAUAUUCGAAAAGUGCCAAAGUAAUUUUACUCAUAUUACAGUCAUCUUUAAUUUAUUAGUUCUUGUGUGAAAGGACCGGACGUCAUUCAUCUUGUUUAUGUAAUAUUAUCAUUAAAAUUGAAUCAACAAACAACAAUUAAUGGAUCCAAAUGUAGAAAAAAGUGUAAACUGGGGAGAGAUGGAAACAACAGCCGACCCGAACGUGUCUAUAUCCACAAUGAGUGAGGACGUGCCGACGCUGACUCUGGCCACCAUAAUGGGCGUCACUGUUGUCAUUAUCAUUGCAAUUGCCGUCGUUUUCGUUUUGGGAGUGCUUAUUGACUGUAGACAACAGAGAAUAUUGGAUAAGAAGAUCGGUGAAGUGAGAAGGAGGAAGAAUCUUCGGAGAGUGAAGUCUCACCCACAAGCAGAUGUAGUCUGCAUAGUCAAUGAGAUAGAGGGGCCGGGCCUUAGUGCACCGCCCAUGGAAGCCUUACGGAAUAUACCGUAGUAUCCAAAUGUUAAUCUACCAAAAUUAUUUUCAUAUUAUUAUUGAAUGUUAAUAAUCUGAAUUUGUGUAAAUUGUUGCAGUUUUAUAUUUAGUGUUGUGAAUGGGAAGGAUUAAAAUAUAAAUUUAUAAGUAGUACGAGCGUAUCGGCAGUGUAAACACACUGUUACAUUUAGAAAGUAAUGUAGGCAAAAAAAGACUACAGUAUACAUAUUGUAAAAUGAUGUAAGAGCUUACUGAUUAUUAUUAUUAACGAUAUAUGAAUUAUAUUUAAAUUUCAUUAGUUUCUAUUUUAUUAAACGUAUAAUUGUUGCCAAGUACUUAAUAUAUAUUGGUAUCCAAGAGAGAGAAAAUACGACAUCAAAAGAGUUGUUGGUAUUAAUGGAGUAGGAAGACAAAAAAGAAGAGAGUGGCAAGUUUUAGAGGCGGCCUUUGCGGAAACGCAACACAAUCUCGAAUCUGGUGUCAAUUGCUGAUACUUUUGUUUAUUUUAUAAUUUCUAAGAUUGUUGAAAUAAAGGUUAUUGUUAUUUAAUUACAAAGAUUACAAGGAUAAGUGUACCUAAUACAUUAUAUUCAAAUAAACACACUGUUUUAGGUCUGUCUAUACUUUACAAAAAUAAAUAAAAAAGAACUUGGAUA